AUGUAUUUUGAAUGUUGAAUGUUAUACCUGCAAGUAGUAUGUAUACACUUUAUGGACGGAGUACACAUGUCCAGCAUGAGACUAAGUUCAUGAUAAUGUCCAUAAUUCCUAAAUAACAUUAACGAUGAUGAAAGUGGUCCAAUGUCUAUGAUGCAAUCAGUGUGAGGAGGCUUCCUCUAUCUGACCAACCGCUGCUCUUUGUCAAGCUUUACAUAUCAUGUGAAUAUUCAAAUAUUACUGUAAACUGUUAACCAAUAAAGUCAAAGUGGUAGAGCCCUUCUGUUCAAGUACCACAAUCACUGACACCCAGAGAGACAUUUGGCGUAGUCCCCCUCAACAGAAGCUGGCUUUAUCUAGGAACAAUUUGAUUGGCUAGCAGCACAUCAGUAUUAAUUUUCUCCCUCUCGAGCUGCUAUUUAUGUUGAGGUCAGGCAGUGAAGCCUGUCAUUCAUACAGUUGACUGCUACUGUGCACACAGCUAGUAGUCUUCUCGGACCUUUUUUCCCUUUUUGUUCUCUCAGUUAUUUUAGGAUAUUCUCAAUGCAGAUCACACUAGCUGACGGCCACAACAUGAUGGACCCACAAUCCCAGGUUGGGGUGGCCGCCCAUACACAAGUAACAAAUGGUGGUACUACCUCACCCACAGAUUCGCACUCGGAUGAUCUCAGUAAAACAAACUUGAUUGUGAAUUACUUGCCACAGACAAUGACACAGGAGGAUAUACGAUCGCUGUUUUCUAGUAUUGGGGAGGUGGAGAGCUGCAAACUCAUCAGGGACAAACCCACAGUUUCCCCUUCAGGACAGAGUUUGGGGUACGGGUUUGUCAACUACAAGCGGAUAGAGGAUGCAGAGAAAGCCAUCAACACACUGAACGGACUGCGGCUACAGAACAAAACCAUAAAGGUGUCGUAUGCUCGACCAAGCUGUGAAAGUAUUAAAGGAGCAAACCUUUACAUUAGUGGCUUGCCAAAAUCUAUGACUCAGUUGGACUUGGAGAAACUGUUUUCUUCUUGUGGAAGUAUCAUAACUUCAAGAAUACUAUAUGACCAAAACACAGGUUUAUCCAAAGGGGUAGGGUUUAUUCGGUUUGACCAGCGAGUGGAAGCUGAACGAGCAAUCAACAAGCUGCAUGGGCAUAUCCCAGAGGGGGCCACUGAAGGAAUCACUGUCAAAUUUGCAAACUCCCCAAGCUCCAACAAAAACAUGACAACACUCACACCCUUAGCCCUAGCAGCUACCUACGUUUCCCCAACACGGAGGUACUAUGGACCUAUUCAUCACCCCACAGCAGCUAGCAGAUUGAGGUAUUCCCCAAUGGAUUCAGGCUUGUUACCGAACACAAUCCUUCAGACAGCAUCGGCAACAACUAGUGCAUCAGCUGGCGCUCUCAAUGGCACAGGAUGGUGUAUUUUUGUGUAUAACCUGGCGCCGGAUACCGAGGACAGUGUUUUGUGGCAGUUGUUUGGACCAUUCGGUGCAGUGCAAAGCGUCAAGGUUAUUAAGGAUUUCCAGACCCAGAAAUGCAAAGGAUUCGGAUUUGUCACCAUGACCAAUUACGAUGAAUCCAUGAUGGCAAUACAGAGCCUCAACGGCUUCAGUCUGGGAAAUCGCGUACUGCAGGUGUCGUUCAAAACCAACAAAUUCAAGGCGUAAGACACGCACGUCUGAUCAUCUAGUCACCCCAUACAUUUCUACAACAAAAAUUGCGGACUUUCAUUCGUCAUGGGCAGACAUGACAUGAAGAACUUCGAUUUGUUUAUGACUGCCUAUGAAAGGUAACAUUCAGGAAAUCCAUGACGAUAAUUUGCAUAUAUGGAGUCAAAUUUUCCAUUAUCUAUCAAACUGAAUCGUGGGAGAAUCUCCUAAGAAAACCACUUGUGUUCAUUACUCUUUGUGCAUAAUUUAUUUGACCCUUUUUUCGGUGUAUAUUGAGUUGUCUCUAUUUAAUAUUUGUGUUGAUAUUAAAAUAGCUUUUUGUGUCUUAGGAAGACUGGAAGAGCCAGAUCUGUGAAAAAUCAUAUCGCAUAAUUUAUUAUCGGUUUUUGAGAAAUGUGCUUACAGUGCACGUAGCAAGCUCAAGUUUGAAUUGUUUCAGUAUUGUUCUACAUGUUCCCUCAGUCCAUUUAUUUAUUGCAUUAUUUAUAUUGGAUCCACGGUUCUUUUGUGGGUUAUAUUAAAUUUUGGUUUAUUUGAUUUUGUUGUGUCUGUUUUGUCUUGCAUGAGCCUAUACUUUGAUAGGCCCAUCCAUUUUAUUUUGUUACAAAGCGUGUUGUACUAAUCCAUUGUCUCCUAAUUCCAAUCCUUUCUGUCUCAUGACAGUGUGAAAGUUUGGAACUAGACUGACAGAAAACUGAAUGUAUAAUAACAACCACUCACCGAGUUCAGUGCACCCUUUUUGAUGCCAAUCAUUCAUAACUUUUGUUUGUCUGGACAUUUGAGUUGGAAUGGGAAUGAGUUAUUCGUUCCAGUUUAGUUUUAUUUGAAGGCCAAGUUUUCUGAUUUCCGUUCUCUUUAUUUCUUUAAUUUCUGCAUGCAUUUGAAGAAUAACAAUGCAUGUGUGAAUUAAUUGGAUAUUUUCAAUGUUGAUAAUGAAAAUGAAUUUGUUGGAGAUAUCCCAUCUCAUAUAUUUUACAAUGUUAACUGUAUGUAUACUUUUCAUAGGCAUUUCAAUUUUACGACCAUACAUGCUGACGUAUCAGGUUUCGGAUCUUCCACACUCAAAACUGUUGAUCAAUCUAUUAAGAUUAAUUAUUAAUGAAGAGGUCACAAUUUCAUGUAUAUAUUAUAUAUAUCCGAUGCAAUAGUCAUGGCAUCUUCAUCAAUUACCACAAAACAUUUUUUAAUUAAACUCAUUUGUUUUGGUCAUAUUUGACUGAGACACUUUACACAUUGUUGAAUGUGUAUGAAACAUUCCGGAGAGAGAGAAAGACAGACUGUGGUAUGCACAUGCCCACAUACAUUGCAUAAUGUGUGAUCAUGCAGGAUAGAUACUUGUGUAUAUAUUGAACAGCCUUCAUGCUAAAAUGUAUAAACUGAGAAGGGAACAAUCUGUAUAAAAGGAGCAGUGCACAAAUGUGAUGAUUGAUUCUAAUUCCAAGUUUAUAAAAGUUUUUAUACCUUUAAGAGAAACCAUUGAAUAUAUGUUUGGAUCAUUUAUUGCUCUUUUUUGAAGGAGCGAACGUUUUGGCAGUCUUGUUGGAAACUGUUUAUGACGUAUAAUUGUUCUAUUUUAUGGACAAACAGCAAAUAUUCUUUUACAUAGACUUCCAAACUGAUGUCUCCUUGUAGGCCCUGAGGCCCAAUUAUAUAUGCAAUCCCUUUUACCCAUUUUAAUUGUUGGAGACUAUCGAAAAUAAUAGUGGUCAGUGGAAUUUGUUACAUGUGUUUUUUGACAACUAUGUGUGGCCAGAACUACACUGGCAAAUCUUCUAGUCUUGUUGCUGAUCUAGACCUAUCAUUAUUCUUCUCCCAAUUUACAGUUAAAUCAUGUGCCAACUAUCCAACAGUGCUAUAUAUGGUAGAUUUUCUGUUCCAUGUUCUCAAAUCUGUGCUGUUCAAAUUGCACAUUUUACCAACUUAUUUACCUGUAGUACAAGCAAGAGCAGACAAAAGUUAUGCAUGAUUGUUUGUCCCGGAUCAAUUCUUAUUUCACUAUUUCAAUUUUCAAUUUGUCUUCAGUACCCAACUGAAGUUUGACAGGAACGUUGCUAUAUCUCCUUGUGUGAGUGUAGCUUUUUCCUGAUAGAUUUAUUCAAUUUAUAGUUUCAUCUUAUUAUAGAUUUUAUUGUAUUCUUGAGAGUUUUCAAUUUUCAAAGUUUUUCUUGUUCAGUGUUUUUUUCUUGUUUGAGAAUUUUUUCUCUUGAUUCAUUCCAUGAAAUAAUGACAUGGGGUUAGACUUUGUUAGGAUGGCUGUUUCCAAGGGUAACAAUAUAGUGUUGUUGGGUUACACAGUUGCAGAAGAAUGUCCUACAAAGUCCCACCCAAUGAGUUUAGAGUUUCAAUUUCACCGUCUCUGUGUGCUUUAAAGCUUUGCGUUUGUAUCACUUGUAGUAGAUUGUCUCGUCCCCCAGUUGCUAAAAUAAUCAGUAUCCACCAAAUCAAAAUGUGCUCUCUCUCCUCUCUCUACUUUCCAGCAGUAUGUAUUGUUGUACCCAAAGACAAGAAGCUCCGAGCUGUUGUCAUUAUUCGUAGUUUCAGUUGUAUUGCAAUAUUUGUACUUUUACAUGUGAAACUAUUUACACAAAUAAAAACUUGCAAGAAAUUA